CAGCGACGGAAGCUCGGCCUCCUCAGUGUACGCGUCGCCAUGGCGACCGCGGCCUGGGUAAGGUUCGGCGCUGCUGGCUGGCUGGGGGCGCGAGGACAGAGCGGCGGGGCGGGUUCGAAUGGAACCGGCCGGAGCAGAUCCCCGGGGACCAUGAGCAGCAGCAGCAGCAGCAGCGACAGCAGGUCGCGCGCAGGGGCCGCCUGCUCCCGGCUCAUUGACGUGACCAGCAACGCGGCGCUGCUGCCCGCCCCCCCCGCCGCGGAGGUUCAAGAUCAACUCACCAUAAUGAAGAGACAAGUGGAAGAGAGAGUGAAUUUAAAUGCUAUCUGCAGUGCUGGAAGAAACAAAGGAAGAACAGAGGCACGAAAGGGAGCUUAUGAUCACAUUCUUUUGGAUAUACCUGUCAAUCGAGAACAGACAAAUCAUCGGGCUGUGGCUGAAACUGCCCGUAGUGAACUUGCAGCACUUCUGGUAAAGUAUGAAUGUGCCCAGUCAGAGCUUCUAGAUCUCAGAUCCAAAAUGGUCUCUAAAGAAGUCUCAUUGCAAGAGCUGAAGGCUGAAGUGGAAAGCUACAAGGAAAACAAUGCUAGACAAUCCUCUCUCCUCCUCUCUUUGCAAAAUCGAGUUCAGGAGAUGGAGGAGGAAUCAGGUGUGCUUGUCACUUCCAAAAAACAGACAGACCUAACAGCACAGGUUUUGCUCCAGGAGAAUUGGGAGCUGAAGGAGAAGAUCCAUGACCAAGAAGCCAAACUGAACAGAUAUUUGAAUGAAUGUGAAGAAAGCAAGAAUCAAGCUUCUAAGAUCAGCUGGAAGCAUGGUGAAUUCUUAGCACAGCUUUCUGGAUUCCUGGACGUCGACAUCAGAGGAAAAGAGGAACCACACAAACAUUUAAUUUCAAAGGUCAAUCAGAUGCAUAAAGAAAAUACAAUGCUAAAAGGGCAGAUUCCCACUCUUGCAGAGGCUAUCAAUGUUCAUGAGAUAGAGUCAAAAGCUAGCAGAGAAACCAUCAUGAGGCUUGUUUCAGAAGUCAGCAAAGAGCAGAAAAGGGCCAUAGUCUACUCCCAAGACAUGGACAAGCUUAGCAAGGAUCUGGACAGUGCUUUAACAGCCAAAGAGAGUCUAGAGAAGGAGAUCAGAAGCCUCCAAGAUAGGCUUGCUGCUAGCCAGAGGGCUUGGGAAGCCUCAAAGCAGGAACUGCACCACCUGAAGAGAUGUUCCAAUGAGAUGGAUGGGAGUCUGAAAAGCAGCAUUGACGAGGCCAGGACUGCUCAGAGCCUGCUGAGUGCUUUUAAAGAGCAAGUUGCUACCCUUCUCAGCAACAGUUCUGUAACAGUUAAAUGCUCUGAGGGGGCCAUCAUGGAGAGAAUUCGAGAACUGGGCCACAGGGAAGAGAGCAAAAAGAUAAUGGUGUCCCAGCUUGAAGCCCAAAUCGCUAAACUGACUGAGCAGCUGGAGAAUCAGACGAGAUUGCACCAGGAGGCUCUGCAAAAGGCCGGGAAAGCAGAAAAACAAUUUGAGACACUCCAGGAUCAAUUGAUGCGUCUGGAUGGGGAGUUGGUGUCUGGAGACGUGAUGCGAGAUGAUUUGAAGCUUGAGAAACAAAAAUAUCUUAAAUUUCUGGAACAACUUUCAGAUAAAAUGAAGCUGGACAGCAUUGCAGCUGAAAUUGGGCUCGAUAUGAGUCUGGAUGUGAUUCUGGCCCGUGCAGAGCAGUUGGUCAAACUGGAAAGUGAUGCAGUGAUUGAAAACAAGACUAAUGCGAACAACCUACAAAGGAAGUUGAAAGCUCAGAAAGAAAAGCUUGAGAGCAAAGAGCUGCAUAUGAAUCUUCUGCGGCAGAAAAUAUCCCAGCUGGAAGAGGAGAAGCAAGUGCGCACAGCCCUGGCUGUGGAGAGAGAUGAGGCAAACCUAACCAUCAGAAAGUUACAUAAGAAGGUGGAGAGGUUACAGAAGGAGCUGGGCCUGGCAAGAGACUCUAACACUGACCUCAAAGCCAAACUGUCUGACACCAAUGAACUGAAAGUCAAAACUCUGGAGCAGAUUAGAACCAUUGAGGAACUAAACAAGUCUCAAGGCAAGCUGGAAAAGAUGAAGGAGAAGGCUGAGAAGCAGCUGAUCUGUGUCAAAUCCGAAUUACAGUUUACGGAGCAUGAAGCUAAGGAGGAUAAAGAAAGGGCCAGGAGUAUGUUAGAAGCAGUUACCAGUGAACUGAAGGCGCUUAAAACAAUCCUGGCAGAGGUAUCAAAAAGAGAAAAGCAGCUGGCAGAGUUCCGUGAGGUGGUCUCGCAUAUGUUGGGCCUUAGUGUUACCAGCCUUGCACUCCCUGACUAUGAAAUCAUCACACGUCUCGAGGGGUUGAUCCAUGCUCAUCAGCACCAUUUUGUUCCCUGUGUCUGCCUCAAAGACGUGGCAGUGAGGCAAGAUGGACACUCGCAAAGCCACUUACAGCUUCUUCACUGAACAGUGCCUCUUUGAGAGACAGGCAGACAGAACUCAGCUGGCUCUUAGUGUUGAAAAUGAACAGCAGCAUGAGUCCUGAUUGUGGGUGAUUUGAGCAAAUAUUCCUAUAACCAUCUCUCUCAAAAUGUAUAUGUGGAGUGAAAUCAUGGCCCCACUGAAGUCAAGAGGAGGUUAGCAAUUGCCUUCAGCGGAGCUAGGAUUUCACCCACUGUACCGGCAGCGAAACAAAAUACAGAAAAGGAUCCAACCUAAAUUUAAAUUUCUUGCACUCUAGACACUGAAGUAUUUUUAAUAAGCAAUAUUUUUAAUACAGCUAACAGAUGUCUGUUUCCCUGUCCAGGAACAAACAUAUGUAAUUCCUCCUACUGUUAAUGGCAGUUAUCUGUACAAAUUCACAAAUGUUGAUAAGAGACAAGCCGUAUCACCCCCAAUAUAAAGCUUGUACGUAAUCAAGGUCUAUGUGCUUGAUAGACAGUAUGUGGGAUAUAGACCUACCUCUGCUGCAUGGCUCAUAGGACAGCCAGAUUGUGAAAGUUCUGUUGGGUAGCUGGGCAGAUAAAAGAGGCAGCUAUUCAGUUACCUCCCCCAACCAAUGCAUGCUUCGCUCUCAUCAUUGCUAGUCCCUCUGCGCCCACUGUAGUUGAGCUUUAGAAGCUUGAUUGGGUGGUGGAAAGGCAGAGGAUAUGAAGUAAGGAAGCAGCAUGCUCUCACCUCAGAGCAGUGUAAGUUGUGAUGCAACACACAUUGUAAUUGCAACAAGUUCCCUUUUGCAUAAUUAACAUACCAUAGAGGGGUUAGGAGCAUGGGGCAUCUCAACAGACAUUACUCCAGUCAUUGAAAUUAUUAAUCUAUAUUUUAAGGAAAAUGAAUUAUAAUCUUUACAAUCUUUUUUUAGAAAAACAAUUUUAGUACAGGAUUAGGAGGGAUUACAUAAGUAAUGCACAACUGGCUACAUGCAGUGUAGUUUUUUUAUAUUUUGCUUUUCUCUGAAACAUCAGUGAUUGGCUAUUUUUGAAUGAGGAAUGCCAAACUUGGUAGACCAGUGGUAUGAUCAGGUAUGGUAAAGCAUAUGUUCCUAUGAUUAUUUAGAUUAACAAUAAUUUCCUUUCUUAUUUUCUAUUGUGAAAUGGUUUGUUCACGUACAAGUUAACAAAUAUUCACAAAUAAAAAGGAAAACCCCUAACAAAUACAAAAUACAAAAUAAAACUUGAGAUAUAGGCACUUCUUUCAUUGAAAAUAACAGAUUACAGAUUAACAUUUUAUCGGUCAAACUGAACUGCUCGGGGGUGUGUAGGUAGGAAGAGGAUGUACAGAUAUACUAAUACUCAGAUAAGGUUGAUAGUAGUUUUAGCCUGUGCUUUUGUUUGUUCCAUAAUUACAUAGGUGGACAGAGUCUUUGCCAGCUAGUGUAAAGCCCUGUCAGCUGUUGUUUCUUACAUACACACUUUUAAAAUACUGAAACAUGCUUUAUAAACCAUAAAUUGAACAAACUAAAGUAAGAAAUUAGUGUCUGAACAUACUAGGUGUUGAAUGUACUCCCAGUAGGAGUUGAGUGCACUUGAC